CUCUUCCCUUUACACUUCAUAGUUAACCUGCUCCCUAGCCUCCUCUCUUCAGCUUCUAUCCGUAUUGAGGAGGCCGGAAAGAGUUCCGAAGAUGGUGCAGCGUCUCACUUACCGGAAACGCCAUAGCUAUGCCACGAAGUCCAACCAGCACCGCGUCGUGAAAACCCCUGGUGGGAAGCUGGUGUAUCAGACCACGAAGAAGAGGGCUAGUGGACCGAAGUGUCCUGUUACUGGGAAGAGGAUUCAAGGGAUCCCGCACUUGAGACCUGCUGAGUACAAGAGGUCCAGAUUAUCUAGGAAUAGGAGAACUGUUAACCGACCCUAUGGUGGUGUAUUGUCUGGUGGGGCCGUGAGAGAGAGGAUUGUUCGAGCUUUCUUGGUAGAAGAGCAGAAGAUUGUGAAGAAAGUUUUGAAGAUCCAAAAGGCAAAAGAAAAGCAAGCUGGCAAGAGCUGAAAUUGCGAUACUUAGAAUUCAGUUUACCUGUUUAAGAAAAUUUUAGGCAUUGAGAUUGUUACAAAUUUUGCACAACCAAGUGGUGGUUGCAAUACUAUCCAAUUUGCUUUUCUGUUAGGAAGAACUAUAUAUUACCUGUCAUACUAAGUUAAAUGGUUUGAUGCUGUGAUGCUUUUGUUAAUUUUAUCCCACAAUUUUCCGUCA